AUGAGAAUCAAGAAGAGAAACGUCAGCGGAAACGCUAGAAACUUCGUGACCCGUUCCCAGGCGGUUCGCAAGCUGCAAGUCUCCUUGGCUGACUUUAGAAGACUGUGUAUCUUCAAAGGUAUCUAUCCUCGUGAGCCGCGCAACAAGAAGAAAGCCAACAAAGGCUCGACGGCUCCUACCACGUUCUACUACUCGAAGGACAUCCAGUAUUUGAUGCAUGAACCCGUCUUGCAGCGUUUCCGUGAGCAUAAAACCUUCGCAAAGAAAUUGACCAAAGCGCUUGGCAGAGGUGAGGUUUCCGCAGCUAAAAGACUUGAAACCAACAGUCCAAACUACAAACUGGACCAUAUCAUCAAGGAACGUUAUCCAGGUUUCCCAGAUGCCUUGAGAGACAUUGACGACGCGCUCAACAUGCUAUUUCUGUUUGCCAAUUUGCCGGCAUCGGACCAGGUGUCUUCCCGAGUCACUCAAGAUGCACAGAGCAUUUGUAACCAAUGGUUGGCCUAUGUCUCCCGCGAGAGAGCCGUCCGCAAAGUUUUCGUAUCCAUCAAGGGUGUUUAUUAUCAGGCAUCUGUGAAGGGUGAGGACAUCAGAUGGCUCGUUCCUUACAAAUUCCCAGAAAACAUUCCAAGUGACGUUGAUUUCAGAAUCAUGCUUACGUUCCUCGAAUUUUACUCCACUUUGAUGCAUUUCGUACUUUACAAGCUAUACACUGACUCUGGUUUGGUAUAUCCUCCUAAGUUGGAUCUUGCCAAAAACAAAAUUAUCGGUGGUUUAAGCGCUUACGUCUUGGAAAGCAAUGCCGAAGAAUCGGCUUUGACUGCUCCACAAUUAUCUGCUACAUCUGUGGAGGCGAAGGCAUUGGAUGCAAGCACAUUAUCUUCGGCCUUGAAGGCUGAUAAUGCUGGCGGCGCAGAAAAUGAAGACAGUGACCAAGAAGGCGCUGAUGAGGAGACCGUACUGGAUACUUUUGAAGACUCGAAUAAGAACAAGGGUGAUCUUUUGGACCAGCCUAGCAAAUACGAUUCGCCCGCUGCGACUCUAUUCUCUGACUUCGUUUUCUUUAUCUCAAGAGAAGUUCCAGUCGACAUUUUAGAGUUCUUGAUCUUAUCUUGUGGUGGUUCUGUCAUAUGUGAGGCUGCGUUGGACCAAUUGGAAUCCCGUAAAGAUAUUGACUUGUCUAAAGUAACCCAUCAAAUAGUGGACAGACCUGUGUUGAAAAAUAAGGUUGGUGGCAGAACAUACCUACAACCGCAAUGGGUGUUUGAUUCGAUUAACAAAAGCGAAUUGGCACCUGCGAGCCAGUAUCUACCAGGUGAACCAUUGCCUCCACAUCUAUCGCCUUGGGGUGAUGCUGGUGGAUACGAUCCAACUGCAGAGCUUGUUGACGAAGAGGAUGAAGAAGAUGAAGUCGAGGUUCAAGAUGAAGAGGAACAGGACGUGAGUGACAAAGAAGAGAAUGAUGCAGAGGUUGUGGAAUUAGUCGCCGAAGAAGAGGAAAGUGAUGAAGAUCUUGACGCUCAGAAGGAACUAGAGUUGGAAGCUAAGGGUAUCUCAUAUUCUGAUGCGAAGGAUAAAAAGGAAGUCAAGAAACCAAAGAAAGCGGCUAAGCGUAAGGCCACUGAGGAGGAGGAGGAGAAGGACUUGAAGACUAUUAUGAUGAGUAACAAGCAGCGUAAACUUUACAAGAAGAUGAAGUAUUCUAAUGAAAAGAAGGAUGACAGAGUCGACAAGUUGAAGCUGAAAAAGAAAGCUAUCGCUAAGGCCAAAUCUAAGUUGACAGAUUUGGAAAAAUAA